CACCAUCAGGCGACAGGAAGUAAACUGUUGGACUGCUUUGCUUUUCUUCAGGACGUUGAUGUAGCCACCAAAGCUAGCUAUGACAACCAACAGCCGCUGCCAAUAUGAUUCCCUCUGCAAUAUUUAAGUUUUCCUUUUGAUAAGAAAACUACUUUAAAGAGGAAACAGUAGCUGGAACAACUGUCAAGCUCUGCUGAGUAGCAUGCUGGACGUGGGGAAGUGGCCAGUGUUUGCACUCCUUCCUCCUGAGGAACUACGGCUUAUCCGCCAGGCUUGUGUCUUCGGUAGUGCUGCUAAUGAAGCUCUCUAUGUUACUGUUAAUGAUGAGGUCUUUGCCUUAGGCACCAACUGUAGUGGCUGCUUAGGCCUUGGAGACCUUCAAAGCACUAUUGAGCCGCGCAGGAUUGAUAUCUUGUGCGGAAAGAAGAUUGUGUCCCUGAGCUAUGGUACAGGACCGCAUGUGGUUAUCGCCACUGCAGAUGGGGAGGUGUUUGCCUGGGGUCACAAUGGCUACAGUCAGCUGGGAAAUGGGACCACCAACCAUGGUCUGACCCCUGCCCUGGUCUCCACCAACCUCAUCAGCAAGAGGGUGACAGAAGUGGCCUGUGGCUCCCACCACACCAUCGCUCUCACAAGUGAUGGAGAGGUGUAUGCGUGGGGCUACAACAACUCGGGCCAAGUAGGAUCUGGGUCGACUGCCAAUCAACCAACACCGCGUCGGGUUAGCAGCUGUCUGCAGAACAAAGUGGUGGUCAACAUAGCCUGUGGCCAGCUCUGCUCGAUGGCCGUCCUGGAUAAUGGAGAGAUUUACGGUUGGGGCUACAACUGCAAUGGGCAGCUGGGUUUGGGAAACAAUGGAAAUCAGCAGACUCCAUGCAGGAUCGCUGCUCUGCAAGGUGUCAACAUUGUGCAGGUGGCAUGUGGAUAUGCACACACGUUGGCACUUACGGAUGAGGGAUUUGUUUAUGCGUGGGGAGCCAACUCCUAUGGACAGCUGGGCACAGGCAAUAAAAGUAACCAAGCGCUCCCCAUCCUAAUAAAUACAGACAAGGAAAGGAUGGUGGAGGUAGCUGCCUGUCACACCAGCCACACGUCAGCUGCUAAGACGCAGAGCGGACAGGUUCUGAUGUGGGGUCAGUGUCGAGGUCAGGCCGUGUCCAGCCCCCAUCUUACCCACUUCAGCAGCACUGAUGACGUGUUUGCCUGCUUCGCCACGCCAGCUGUCACGUGGCACCUUCUCUCUGUGGAUGGAGAUGACUACUUAACAGUUGCCCAGUCUUUGAAGAAGGAGUUUGACAGUCCAGAUAUUUCUGACCUUAAGUUCUUAGUUGACGGGAAGUGCAUCUAUGUUCACAAAGCUCUUCUGAAGAUCAGGUGUGAGCAUUUCCGUACUUUGUUGAACGAAACAGAUGAAGAUGUUAUAGAAAUUCACCAGUUCUCAUAUUUAGUGUACAGAGCCUUCCUGGAGUAUCUCUAUACAGACAAUAUUAACCUGCCACCAGAGGAUGCUAUUGGGUUGCUCGACUUGGCAACGUUUUACCGAGAGACGAGGCUCAAAAGAUUGUGUCAGGAAACUAUCAAGCGGGGCAUUUCUGAAGAGAACGCCAUCACUCUGCUUUCUGCCGCCGUCAAGUAUGAGGCUCGGGACCUGGAGGAGUUCUGCUUCAAGUUUUGUGUCAACCAUCUAACGGCUGUCACUCAGACCCAGGCUUUUGCAGACAUGGAUCAUGACCUGCUCAAGAACUUCAUUAGUAAGGCAAGCCGCUACGGGGCCUUCAAAAACUAAGGCGCCCCUGCAGCGAUGGAUUCUUGACAAUAUGUUUUAAUUCUGCAAAAGGAGAGCCGACCAAAGUAAACACUGAGCUGUUCAGCUCUGCAAAGACUUGUUACUGGGGAUGUAAACACUGAAGAGGCGAGUGGUUUCGGGUGGCAGUGGCUAUCUGAUCCUGCCGUGUUACUACUCUAAGCCUUGUCCAAACAUGGUGAAGUGGCGCAGAAGCAUUGGGUUACUCUACUAAUCCGGCCUUAACAUGAAGAAGUACAGCAGAGGUUGCAGUUUGUCAGACUUGGAUUACUAAGAACAAGCUUAACUGCGCCUCCAUCUGCCUGGUUUAAAGCAGACAUACAGCAAACAUACAAAUGGAUACCUGUUGCUUAAAAUGUUGUAUGGUUAUUUACAUUUAUUCCUAUAAAGGAUCAGUUUAAGGACUUUUAAUUGCAAACUUCCAAAUUCCACUGGAAGCUCCGACUGAACUAUAAAGCAAUCAGCAAAAAAUAAAUCAGCCCUUCUUAUUCUGCUGCAACCUACAUGUCAAUCAGUCAAUAUCUAUCAGAGAGACGUGUGUAUAUACUGUAAAUAUGUUUUCUGUUUUUACAUUAAUGUAAAACAAAAGAAGACACGUGUGGUGAUUAGAAAUGGUUCCAUCAUAUUGGGUGAUCCAGUGGAAAGCUUCAUACUCUGUUGUUUACAGAAUCUAAGCUUAUGAAGAGCAGAACGUAGUGCAGAGUUGAUACGUUAUCAACUCUGCAGUGAUUGGUCUUGAAGAACCAAUCACUGCUCUGAAAUAAAUUACUAAAAAGUUAAUUAUCAUAAAACUUAGAUUUUUUUUUCAUAUACCUUAUGUUAUUUGGAUGCCUUGGUUCUCGUAAAUAUGAAAAGUGAGAAUUUUGCAAAACGUCUGAACUGUUCUGCUUACAAUGCCCUGCAAAGUAUUUAGCAACUCUAUAGCUAUUGGCAUCUCUGUUAAAGAUGUGUUCAAAACUCUCGAAUGGAAGGAUUGUUAACAUGGAGAAACUGUGAUUACAUUCUUUGUUGUGGUUGUCUAACCAUAAGCUUUGAAAUGUGUUUUUCUCCUUCCUUCCUUACUGUUGGUUCUGUCUGCAUCCACCCUUGUUUGUAUGUUGAAGUUGUUUUAAACUUUUUGGGAGGUUAUCUAUUGUCCUGUUGCCAUUUUCUGAUAUGAGCACAUACCUAACUUCAAUGAAACAUUCUUUUGUUUUCCCCACUUUAAAGACCGACUUUGGAAAAAGAAAAGAGCAUGAACAAAACAGUAAGUUAAUAAUUACUGAUUUAGCUACUUAACAACCAAAACAUUUUGGAAUUGUAGCUAUGACAAUAACAACUGAUUAUUAUUAUUUUUUUUUUGUCUUUUGGUAUCUGAUUUCCAUUUUCUGACCCAACUUUACAAAAAGCUUCACAGACACUAAGUAGAUUUCAAUUUUAUUUAAGAAUUAUAAAAUAAUUUAUAACAGCAUUCAAUAGUUGUUCUAACUCACUUUUUUCAAGCAGAGGUUAUGUCACACUGUAUGUGGGAAAGCCCUUGCGGUGCACUGCUGAACCUCUCUUUUUUUGCGCAGAACGUCUUGCUGUCGCUCACUCUUUCGUAGCCUGAAGGAACUGCAGACAUUUCUUGACAAGUUGUAGCAAAUACUACCUUUUACAUUUCCGCUUCCUCAGAUUUAUAUUUUAAACACAAUCCUGUUUUUGAAAAUAGCUAAGUUUGAGCAUUCUUUUUAUAUCAACAGCGUCCCACACAGAAAAGGUUUUAUUGCCUGGACCUGACAUCUGGUGCUUCCAGUUAUCUGAAAAGUAACACAUUUUUCUUCCCAUUUCUGGCUGGUCAGAGACGAUCAAGUUGAAAAUCGUCUAUCAGUUUCCUGCCAAUUACUUGCUAGAGCUCCAUUAGAUUUUCUUCUUUUUCUCAAAAUCAGAAACCCAAAAGCAACACAUAUAUUGCAUCUUCAUCCUGGGUGACAGUAAUUGUAGAGGAUGCUAUAUGCUUGACAUCCCCAAUUCAAAACGGUUUGUAUGGUAAUUUCACAUUUAAUGAACAGUUUUACCACAUUUCUUAUUGUUUACUAAUUCAUGCCAUCAGAACAUGUAACAAUUGUUGUGCAAUUGUUAACUAACACUUGGCCAGAAUGGAAAAGAAAUUUAUUUUUUUUUAAAUGCAAAAAUGUACUUUUAAUGUGCUUUAUAUGAUGUGAACUGUGCAGCUGGAAAUUGUGCUUUACUCACAACAAACAUGACAAAAUCCAUGUUUACUGUUGCUGUGUGGAUGAAGUUAAAUAGAAUUUUCUUUUGGUAUGUUUACACAGAUUUGUUUUUUUAUUAUUAUUAUUAAUGUUAUUGUUAAAUCAUUGUCAGCAGGUGUUUUUUUACAGUAAUAUAUCCUCUUACAUCACCUUAUGGUAUUAGGUACUGGUGGUAUUGUUUCAAUAGGCAGUUUAUAUUGUUUAGAAAAAAUUGGAUAAAAUAUCAGCUUGCUUGUAUGAUUGAUGCCGAUAAUGUCUGAUAGACAUGCUGAAAUAAAUAACAUAAUCAUAAA